AUGGAGCAAAGUAAUUACGUUGACAAUGAUGCACGCGCUGCUGUUCGGGAGGAUGGAUAUGUUUCGAGCAGUUCCGACCAGCUUCCCGCAGCUUCCAGCAUUUCUUCCGACUCAGACGAGGAAGGCAGCUUUGCCCGAACUCGCAGCGCACCAUCAAACGAGCCUAAAAGAGUCGCAUCGGGACCAUCACUGACCGAUGAAGAACUUGCUCGCACAUUAUCCCAGCGACGGAGCUAUGCCUCCGGUCACGAGGGCGCAGGAGAUGACUGGGCGCAGAUCCAACGGUUGAUAUCACGGAUGUUCGGCCACGAGCGGAAAGGAAAUUCGGAGGAAGAAAAAACGCGGCAUGUUGGCGUUGUCUGGAAGAAUCUCACGGUUAGAGGGCUGGGUCUUGGAGCUGCCCUCCAGCCGACGAACGGAGAUAUCUUUCUUGGCUUACCGCGAUUGAUUCGGCGGUUGCUCACCCGGCGCGGAACAGGCAAUAGUGGUGAAAAGCCGUCUGUGCGAACAAUCCUGGAUGAUUUCACAGGCUGUGUUCGUCCCGGGGAAAUGCUCCUUGUUCUAGGACGCCCAGGUUCAGGCUGUUCAACAUUCUUGAAAGUCAUUGGCAAUCAGCGGUCUGGGUACGAAAGUAUUGAUGGCGAUGUACGAUAUGGUGGAACGGAUUCAGAAAAGAUGGCGAAAAAUUAUCGCUCUGAAGUUUUGUACAACCCCGAGGACGAUCUUCACUACGCCACACUGUCUGUACGAGAUACUCUGCUCUUCGCUCUGAAGACUCGAACGCCAGAGAAAGCAUCUCGCAUUCCGGGAGAGAGCCGGAAAGAAUACCAGCAAACGUUCUUAUCCGCUAUUGCUAAACUGUUCUGGAUUGAACAUGCGUUGGGAACUAAAGUUGGCAACGAGCUCAUCCGUGGAGUGUCCGGUGGAGAGAAGAAACGAGUUUCUAUCGGAGAGGCAAUGGUCACAAAAGCCAGUACUCAGUGCUGGGACAACUCAACCAGGGGCUUGGACGCAAGCACGGCGCUAGAAUACGUUCAGAGCUUGAGAAGUCUGACAAACACCGCGAACGUUUCCACGCUGGUCGCUCUUUAUCAAGCAUCCGAGAAUCUGUUUAAUUUGUUUGACAAGGUGAUUCUUAUUGAAGAUGGCAAGUGUGCUUUCUUUGGACGCUCCGAGGAAGCGAAAGCCUACUUUGAAGGGCUAGGUUUUGAAUGUCCACCGCGAUGGACAACCCCCGAUUUCCUAACCUCCGUCAGUGACCCCCAUGCUCGUCGCGUUAGGGAAGGCUGGGAAGACCGUAUCCCUCGCUCAGCAGAGGAGUUCCAAGCAGCCUACCGCAAAAGUAGCAUCUGUCAAGCUGCAGUUGCGGAUAUUGAAGAUUUUGAAAAAGAGAAUGAAGUCCAAGAACAUGAAAGAGAGGCUGCCAGAAACAAAACAGCCAAGAAGAACUAUACUGUUUCGUUCUACAAACAGGUCAUGAUCCUCACACACCGGCAGUUUCUCAUCAUGUUUGGAGACAGACAGUCAUUGGUCGGGAAAUGGGCACUCAUUGUCUUCCAAGCCUUGAUUGUUGGCAGUCUGUUUUACAACCUGCCGGAUACAACCUCUGGAGUCUUCACAAGAGGCGGUGUCAUGUUUUUUAUACUUCUAUUCAAUGCCCUCCUUGCCCUGGCCGAGCUCACGGCUACAUUUGGGAGUCGGCCGAUAUUGAUGAAGCACAAAAGCUUUUCAUUCUACCGGCCAUCAGCAUAUGCUCUUGCGCAGGUUGUGGUCGAUGUGCCCUUGGUGUUCAUUCAGGUUGUACUUUUUGAUCUGGUUGUAUACUUUAUGGCAAACCUUGCUCGGACACCAUCUCAGUUUUUCAUCAACUUGCUUUUCAUAUUCAUCCUGACAAUGACAAUGUAUUCUUUCUUCCGCGCACUUGGCGCUCUGUGUGCAUCGCUUGAUAUCGCAACACGCCUUACCGGCGUCGCCAUUCAGGCAUUGGUUGUGUAUACCGGCUAUCUGAUCCCACCGUGGAAGAUGCACCCAUGGCUAAAAUGGCUUAUCUGGAUAAACCCUGUCCAGUAUGCCUUUGAAGCAUUGAUGGCCAACGAAUUUUACAAUCUUGAUAUACGUUGUGAGCCGCCAUACAUCGUUCCCUUCGGACCCAAUGCGUUGCCCUCUCAUCAGAGUUGUGCUCUACAAGGAAGCACGCCAGACCAGACCACUGUGAGAGGUGCAGACUAUAUCAAAGCAGCCUAUACAUACUCGCGCUCUCAUCUGUGGCGGAACUUUGGUAUAAUAAUUGCGUGGUUUCUUUUUUUCGUGAGCCUGACGAUGGUGGGAAUGGAGCUGCAGAAGCCUAAUAAAGGUGGAAGCUCUGUAACGGUGUUCAAGAGAGGUGAAGCACCAAAGGCGGUUGAGGAUGCCGUGGAUCGGGGCGGGUUGCACCACGAUGAAGAAUCCGGAGAGAAAAGUGAGGGACUUCCAAAUGCCUUUGACGAUGAGUCGAAUGGCUUGGAUAAGAAAGUGCCGAAAAUUGCAAAGAAUACUGCAAUUUUCGCGUGGCAGAAUGUCAACUAUACCAUCCCCUACAAAGGUGGGCAGAAGCAGCUCUUGCGGAAUGUUCAGGGUUAUGUCAAGCCCGGCCGACUCACGGCGUUGAUGGGAGCAUCUGGAGCUGGAAAAACAACUCUUCUCAACGCACUAGCAGCAAGAAUCAAUUUUGGAGUUGUCUCUGGUGACUUUUUAGUCGAUGGAAACCCCCUGCCCAAAAGCUUCCAGAGAGCCACCGGAUUCGCCGAGCAAAUGGACAUCCACGAGCCAACGGCCACCGUGCGAGAAUCACUCCGAUUCUCGGCUCUGUUACGACAGCCAAAGGAAGUCCCGAUACAAGAGAAGUAUGACUAUUGUGAGAAAGUGAUUGAUUUGCUAGAAAUGAGAUCAAUUGCCGGCGCAACCGUCGGCUCUACAGGCACUGGCCUAAAUCAAGAGCAGCGCAAGCGACUCACCAUUGCCGUGGAAUUGGCCAGCAAGCCAGAACUGCUUCUUUUCCUGGACGAACCAACAUCUGGUCUUGACUCCCUAGCUGCUUUUAACAUUGUUCGAUUUCUUCGACGACUCGCAGAUGCAGGACAGGCAGUUCUCUGCACUGUGCAUCAGCCAUCGGCUGUUUUAUUCGAGCAAUUCGACGAGUUGCUUCUGUUGCAAAGUGGUGGGAGAGUUGUCUACAACGGCGAACUUGGGCAUGACUCGAAAACCCUGAUUAAGUAUUUCGAACGCAAUGGUGGUAAAAAAUGUUCGCCGCGUGCGAAUCCAGCUGAGUACAUGCUGGAAGUCAUCGGUGCUGGCAAUCCAGACUACAAAGGGAAGGAUUGGGGAGAUGUGUGGGCCAACUCGUCUGAGUCAACGCAGCUCUCCCAAGAGAUCGAAGACAUCAUAAACUCACGCCGCAAUGUGCAGAACGAAACCCUCAAGGAUGACCGCGAAUACGCAAUGCCAGUCCAUGCGCAGAUCCUAGCAGUGACAAAACGUGCCUUUGUUGCCUACUGGAGGACACCCGAUUACAUCUUGGGCAAAUUCAUGCUCCAUAUCUUCACUGGCCUCUUCAACACCUUCACCUUCUGGCAUCUCGGCCACAGCUACAUCGACAUGCAAUCGCGGCUCUUCUCCAUCUUCAUGACGCUGACCAUCUCACCACCCUUGAUCCAGCAGCUGCAGCCCCGGUUCCUGCACUUCCGCAACCUAUACCAAUCCCGAGAGUCGAGUUCAAAGAUCUACUCAUGGGUCGCAUUUGUGGCCAGCUCCAUCCUCCCAGAACUGCCCUACUCUAUCGUCGCGGGCUCUGUCUACUUCAACUGCUGGUACUGGGGAAUCUGGUUUCCGCGCGACUCAUUCACAACUGGCUACGUCUGGAUGCUCCUCAUGCUUUUCGAAACAUUUUACAUCGGCUUCGGGCAGUUCAUCGCAGCCUUGUCACCAAACGAGCUUUUCGCCUCUUUACUCGUUCCGACCUUUUUCACUUUCGUUGUUGCAUUCUGCGGCGUCGUCGUGCCGUACGCGGCCCUGCCGCACUUCUGGCAGUCGUGGAUGUACUGGCUCACGCCGUUCCAUUACCUCCUAGAAGGGUUUCUGGGGGUUGUUACCCACAACGUUCCUGUUCGGUGUCUCCCGCGCGAGGAGGCGCGGUUUAGUACCCCCUCCGGCAUGUCGUGUCAGCAAUAUGCCGGUAGUUUUGCUAAGCAGUCUGGUGGAUAUGUGAGGGACAUUGGGGGUGGGAUGUGCGCCUUUUGUCAGUAUUCGACUGGGGAUCAGUUUGCUGCCGGCUUUAAUGUCUUCUACUCGCACAAAUGGCGGAACUAUGGCAUUUUCUGGGGGUAUGUGAUCUUCAACUUCACCCUUGUCUUCAUUUUGUCCUGGUUGUACCUUCAUGGCGUGAGAGACUUGAAGCGGUGGUUUAGUGCUCGGCAGACGAAGAAGGGUGCAAAGCCAGCUUGA